AUGGGCCACCGCCAUCUCUUCGUCCUCUCGCUGGGGCUGGCGUUUCUCCUCAUCGCCACCGCGCACGCCGGAGGCCAUGCUCGAGGCGCCGGUGCCAUCACCCAGGGCAUGGACGAUGGUGUCCGGAGCAUGAUGAGGAGCAUGGUCGGGUCGAGGCCGCCGAGCUGCGCGGGGAGGUGCUGGUGGUGCGGGGGCCGCCGCUGCGAGGCAGUGCAGGUGCCCAUCACGCCGCAGGAGCAGGACAAGAGUCUCCGCCAUGGGAGUGGAGGCGGCGGCGAAGGCUGGAGAUCAACAAGAGAUGGCAGCAGAGGAGCGUCGUCGUCGUCGGCUCAGCAGCAGCACCAGCAGCGGCGGCGGCCGUCGACGUCGUCCUACGACGACCACUCCAACUACAAGCCGCUCAGCUGGAGAUGCAAGUGCGGCGGGGGCUAG